AUGGUUAAGCGGUUUGAUGGCGCUUUCGAUGAUGGCGUUAUCAAUGCCCUUGCGCAAGUUGGUACCCUUGAUAGUCGCGAUGGUUUUGAGCGCGUCGCGACUGCGGCUGUAGUAGUUGUUUUCAGACAUUCGUUUGCAAAUGCCGUAGUCCGUGAGCAAGUCCAUGACCAUGGCUUUCUCGUCCGCGGGCAAAUGAUUGCCGAUAGCUUGCUCGACGACAGGCAGCAGUGUAUUGUCGGCUUGUUCAGCUUGGGGUUUGCCGUCGAGUCAUGCACAGACAGCCACUGCUACACCGGCAGUGAGCGCCAUGCCCUGGCCAGGGGCAUAGUUCAAGCUAGCAAACUAGACACCAAGGAUAAGCUUAUUGAGAUGACGCUUGCCCUUUGUGGGUAUAUCGACAAUCUCAGAAAGACUUAUUGGAAGGCUCGCGAUGCCGAGGAAUUGUUCACCGUUCAAAGGCGCGAGCGCCUUGCCAUCGAACUCCUUGGCUUCAUCAAAGGUAUGAAUCUUGGUACCUAG